UUCUAUAUCGUGACGGCUUCUGUACCCCAAAAGACAAUGGCAUCUUCCCCUUUUUCUCCAGCUCGCCCUAUUCCGGUCUACACACGCGAAAUGUUCCCCAUCACCCUGUCUCUGACCAGUGCUCAUCGAAACCCCAGGAUCUUUCUCUCUCGUCCACUCGAUCGCAUAAACUUGCUUAGCUUUGAAGAUCUGCGUAAAGAACUUGCAGCAUAUCCGAACUGUGGACGAGUUACAGAAUUGGGAAUCUCAAAAGAAGUUAGUGAGCGCAAGUAUAAAUAUGAUUUCAGAAUUUAUUUUGUCGAAUCUUCCAAUUCCUCGAUGUACCUCUUCAAAAUCCUAAUCGAGCUGGAAUUCUCCAGUCGGCGAUCAAAUAGGUUUCCCUUCUUUCCCUAA